AUGGUGAUCUUUGCAGCCCUCACUUGCAUGGUAAUUGCCAUCGCAGAGCACAUCGAAGCUGAUGGCCACUCCCCGACGGAUGGGAGUCCGUGUAAGCGGAUUGUCCGUGGACAAGCUUGGUAUCGAGAAGGCGUAAGGCUUCUGAGUCUCUCCUCGCGGCACGCGGACAAAAUCAUGGACACGGUCCGGCUCUUCAUGCUCGAAACACUCUAUAUGUUGAUGCGGGAAAAUUUCAGAAGGUCAUCACAAGCAUUAUGCAGGGCCGUGGAGCUGUCAUUCUCUCUUGGGCUGAAUGACGAGUCCACGUGGGCGAAUUGCUCUUGCGCGGAAACUCGAUCUCGUCGUAUUCUAUGGUGGACCAUAUACUUUUUCGACCGACGGAUGGCGUACAAGCUGGGAAGGCCAUAUAUGAUUCGCGAUGCUGAAGUAUCCGUUGCUGAUUUCACAGCUGACAUACGGGCAAUGGAAAGCUCGCGUGUUCAUCUUCCGAUUCUCCUCACUGGAGAUUUGAACCCUUCUGGACCUAUUGCGUCAAUACCCCUCGACGGCGAUUGGAUUCACUACCUACAAUUCAAUAUUGGGUGGGGCCGCUUGUUCUCAAAGGCUUGGGAUUCUCUUUACAGCCUGACCAGUCCUAGGGCUGGGAGCAUUGAAGAAAUAGAGAUCAUGGAGGCUUUAUUGGCAAAGCUUAAGAGAUCACUCCCGCCAGGGAUGAAAUGGCAGGAUCCAGCGAGUUCAAGCAGCAUGGAGGCUGAUGUACCAGAUCGAAAAGUUCGCAUGAGACUGGUGAUUUAUACGAGGGCAAAUCUCUUGCAGAUGUUGAUACGGAACAAUCUUCACUUGCGAGGUUGCGAGAAGGACGGCGAAUGGGAUUCUUCACGGAGUGAUCGGAGUUACACAACCCAAGUAUGUCACAAGCUUGCCGCUUCCACCGUUCAGGCAGUUGUAUCAUACGUUCGGACCCGACGCCGUGAACGCUCGUUUGGCACAUAUGCCACGCUGUGUAUCAUUGAAUCGCUCCACUAUAUGCUGUCUGUGCCCUCAGCCGAGGACGGCAUCGGAUCUGAUGAUCUCGAGGCCACUAAGGCCCUGUCACUAGAACAAGCCUGGGAAUGUUUAAAUGACCUGAGUCGUCGCCAGCUGACAAUUGCUACCAAUGCAUUGAAAGUUCUGAAAGGAAUUAUUGAGAGCAGGAUUAGCAAUCCGCUGUCGCUUGGAGAACAGCCAGCCACGGCUUCUUUGAACAUACAGGACCAUCAGCCCCCCGUUGAUCAGGCCAUGAUCAACAACGUGGCGUCCCAGCGGGGAGCCAGUGCCGAAAUCACGGGACCUCAGGAUCUUGACUUCUCUAUCGAUCCUCAAUUUACACUACCAGUCCUACCCGGGCCAGAAGUUGAUGAUGAAUCGCUGAUGGGGACUGACAUGGGAAUUUGGAGCACCGAGCAUAUGAUGUAUACUUAA